AAGCACAAUAUAAACGAGAUAAAUUGUAGAAAAAAUAAAUUAUAACGAAAUAAAAUUUUAAUUAAAAAAAGAAAGUGUUAAAAAAUUAAUAAAAAAAAUAUUUAAAAAUUAAAAUUAACAAAAAUAAAAAUGUUUACCAACUGGUUAACGGGUACUACGGGUUUAACCAAUUCGACCUCCUCCUCUAAUACAAACUCAAAUCGUCUGACGGAAACAAAUAAUCAUCUUAACAAUUCCUCAAACUGUACUAGUGCAACAACAAUUCCUAAUGCCUCUUUAAAUCUAUUAAAUAAUCAUAAUUUAUCUAAUUUAAAUGCAAAUAUGUCUAAUCCUCCUGAUAUUGUUUUGGAAGUGGGUCCUGCUCCCUCUACUAUACGUUUUAUGGCACAUGGUUUAGUUUUGGGCAUGCAUAGCGGUUAUUUACGUUCAGCCAUACGUUUAGAUGAACGUGGAGCAGAGUCCUCAGCUAGUGGUGGUGGUGGCGUUGGUGUCUCCAGCGUUUCGGAUAUUGUAGUUUAUUUGACUAAUGUUACGGCAGAACAAUUUGCUCCUUUAUUAACGUAUAUGUAUACCGGAUAUUUGGAUUUAAAUGUGGAGAAUAUUUUUGGUGUUUUAUUGGCUACGCAUGUUUUACAUAUGCCUAGGGCAUUGGAAAUUUGUAGAUCCUAUUUAGCACGUGCUCAAACCGAAGGAUACUUUGGAACCAAUAACCCAACACUAAACACUACAAACACACAUCCAUCUCUAACGUCAACAGCUGCAGCUACAACCAGUGGUAAAAUAAUACGUCCCAUUGCUAGUAAACCAACAUUAACAAAUUUUGGAUUUUUACCCAUAAGUCAUCAGUCGUUAAAUCUAAAUCCUUUAACACACACAACAUCAAACAUCUCAACAAAUCCUGCAGAACAAGAACUUAAAACUACAACUCCCGAAGCUGUACAACAAAAAGAUGAGGAAGAUGACAUUGAAGUAGAUGAAAUAGAUAAACAAUCGUUAAAUAAUGAAAAUCAAAUACCCACAACAAUAGAGGAUGAAGAUGAGGAUGUAGAAGUAUUUAUAGAUUCCAACUCAGAAGCCGAAGUAGUGGUAGAAACACAAAUUCAUAAAUUAUCAUUUAAAAAAUUAAUGGAAAAUAAAAAAUCUUCUUCACAAGAAAAGGAAACAAAAGUCAGACAUCAUGAAAAAAAUACACAUCAUAGAAAAUCCUCGCAUCAUAGUAAAGCGGAAAGGCGUAGAAAGGGUUCUUCGGGUUUACAGGUGGCUAAAGCCCCUAUACCCGCUUCACAACUAGAUACCUCAGAGGCUAAUAAGGUUAUAAUAGAUGUGGCUAGUUGUGAUGGUCCGGUACGUUUUAAACGUAUUCUCAAUACUGCCUAUGGUCAUAAACCGGAUGCUGGCAAUAUUGGCAAUCAUCAUUCCAGUACAGGUCUUACAGGACCCUCUAUACCCGAACGUUCUUUACAAAGUGUUUCUCUAUCAUUUCAUCAACAAAUGGCUAAAACCAUUAGUCAGCAGCAACAAUUGCAACAGGCUGAAGAAUCCGAAAAUAGUGAAACUUCCAAUGGCAGUUUAGGAACUACCGCAAGAAAUUCCGAUAAGGCUAGUGGUAGUCGUAAGAUACAUAGUGAAGUAUUUGUUUGUGUUUACUGUAAACAUACAUUUAAAUCUCAAUAUUGUUAUCAAAAACAUGCUAAACGUCAUUUAAAUCCCUUAACCUUACAGGCCACUUGUGUGCCUGAAGGGAAAAUGGCGUCAAAAGAAGAAUCUUCUGUAAAUGGUGAAUUAAAAAUAACAAAACAUCAGAAUAUAACAGCAACGAGGCCGUUUUAUGUACGCAACUCUCUACAAUACUCCUCAAAUGCAUCAAAUUCUUUGGCCAAUGGUAACACAACGUUACAGACAUCAUCUCCCUCUUCCUCCUCCGCAGCGGCUACUUCUUCGGAUUAUUUAAGACGUGAAGUAAGGCCCUUAGAUAUGAAUGUUCAAUAUUAUCCUUGUAAAACCUGUGGCUGUAAGUUUCCCAGUUAUUAUUUUGUUCACAAACAUCGUAAAAUGUGUCAUGCUGAAGAAGAGGCUGCAGCGGCGGCAUCUCAACAGCAGGGGGAUAAUGAGGCUAACAAUAGUGUUGGAGUGAUGGCUUCGACGGAUAAGUUAAGUACUCAAACUAGUGAUUAAAUUAUUUAUAAAUUUAAAGAAUUUUUUUUUAAUUUUAAAGAAAAACAUAUCGAGCUUUAGCAUUUAAUGUUAAAAAAAAAUUUUAUCAAAUCAAAUUUAAAUAUAAUUAU